AGCCCCUUCAUUAAUUCCCAUAUGAAAGGGAAGCUUCUUGCUGGCAGUCUCACAGCCAGUUCCUCACAGGAGCCACGCACACUCACGUUGUGACCCAGGCCUGGACACAGAGUCACUGCCAAAUAAGAAUCAGUGUACCUCCGCGGGAGGCAUUUUUUUGUAACGGUGACAUGGAGCUUCACAGAGUUCAUAAAACCUUCCACCACAGUCACCUGGGUGAAGAAAAGCAGCAGAUGCUGGACCUGAACAGACGCCUGGAGACCUAUCUGAAUCGGGUCAAACUCCUGGAAGACGAAAAUGGCCUGCUUGCAGAGGAGAUUGGAGCUCUGAGACGCAGCAGUCAUGGAACUUCAACACGCAAGAAGGGCAUGGAGGAAGAGUUGCGGCAGACAAGGCUGGAGCUGGAGGCAGCCUGGAGGGACAAGCUCUACACUGAGAUAGAGAUUGGCAAAUUGGCCGAGGAGUUCCAAGCUCUGGACCAACAAAGACAGGUGGAGGCUCAGGCUCAUGUGAAAGCGAAGAAGAUGGUGGAGCAAAGCAAGAAGGAGCUGGAGGAGGAGCAGAGGGCACAGAUGUGGCUGAGAGAGAAGGUCAGUCAGCUGGAGCACGAGAUGAGGCUCCUGAUUCAAAACCAUCAAGAGGAUGUGAACCACUUAGAGGCCACACUCACACAUUCGAGAGCAACAGUGCCACCCAUGAUGGCUCAAAGAGGCAAAGACCAGACCCUAACCCUCCAGCAGCUAGGACAGGAGUACUCCCAGAGGGCCACCAGAGCAUGGCAGGAGGCAGCAGAGGCAUAUGAGUGCCAGUUAGCUCAGCUGGAGGAAUCACUUGACCAGGCCAGGAGUCGUUUGACCCAGGUCAACCAGGAGAAGAGUGAAAACCAACUGAAGCUCCGAGCCCUGGAGAAGGAGAUCACUUCAGCUCAGGACGUCAGAGUGCACCUUGAGAAGAGUGCAACCCAACAGUGGAACAAACACAGCCAGGAGAUCCAGCGACUGCAGACACACUUGGAGGGCCUUGAGUCAGAGCGAGAGGAGCUGGGUGAGCAGAUUGAGCAUCUGAUACAGGAGAACCGAGGCCUGCUGCAGAUGAAGAUGUCUCUGGGCCUGGAGGUGGCGACGUACAGAGCUUUACUGGACAGUGAGAGCCUCGGGGGAAACAUUUCCCUGUCAAAUCCAUCAAGACGCAUCUCCAACACAGACGCUGUGUUUUCUCCUCAAGGGAUAAAAACAAGUUACCGAACCCAGCUGUCGGCGAGUCACAGGACCACUUCAGUUUCACCUCGCACUGCUCAAACAAGAGCAACACCGAGAGCUACAAAAACAAUGACACCACUCUGCAGCAGAAAUCCCACAACAUUCAAUGAAACCCCAAAUAUUUCAAGGGAACCUCCAGAUGCAGCAAAGUCAGCAAAACUGGAAAGCCCUUAUCCAAAAAUUCUGCAGGAUGGGGCUGUUGAAAGUUUCAGACCCCAGGAGGUUCAUGAGAAAGUCACCUAUGCUGAGCCUCUAUCGCCACCUAAUGAGCAGGAGGCUGAAAUUACAUUGCAGGACAAAAAAGCUCAAGAAGACAGGAAGGGCGUGGCUGAUGAAUCUCCUGAAGAAACGCCAAUCAUGGAGUGUGCUGUCAGUCAACAUGUUGAGUCAACCCUCAGCAGUGAGCCGCUCCUCAUCAACGAUGAAGUUAGUCUCCAUCAGUUUGCAGAACCCAAUCUGGCCCUCCACCAUGUCGGGAUGACGGAGAAUCUGCAUGUUUUCUCAGAUGAAUUUAAUCAGGAAGCGAUUGCCGAAGGUCCUGCUGAAAAGGAAGCUACGCAACAGCUACAUAGUCCAGUUGAAGUACUGGAGCAAAAGGAGUGUCCAGAAAAAGAAAUACAGUAUGAGGAAAGGGAGUCUUCAGAUUCUGAAACCGAGGCAGUACUUGAACCAACAUUUGAAUCCAGGACAAGCAGCCCAGUGUCUGAAUGUGAGCCUGGAGAAAGUGAGUUUAAUCAACUGACAGACUUAAGCCGAGACGAAAACAGCUUUGAUGACCACGCAGUCGAGAUAAAACAGGAAAACAUUUCACCAGUAGGAACAGAUGAGGCAGAGGUUGAGGAUAAGUUGUACCCUGAUGGAGAAGAAAUGGAUACAUGGGAUAGUGUAAUAGAAAGGAAGGUAGACCCGAACACAGAUGAUGCCAUAAAAAGGGAUGAAGCAAAAACACAACAUGCUGAACCAGAGGAGGACAUAUCAGCAAGAGAACAAAAGCAGGAAAAGAAAGAAACUUGCCCAGACUUAGGUUUAGCGUUAGGUGACACUGCUGCUUCGGUGACAGAAGAACAAGCAGAUGGUGAUGGGCAGGGUGUUUUGUUACACCAAGAGAACGGACCGCCUCCUGAUGAGAAAGAAGACAACGAAGAGGAGGACUCCCAAAACAUCUCAGUAUCAUGGAGGACCGAGAUAGAGAGUGACAGCUAUGCUCAGGAUAACACUCUAGCGGACACUCGUCCUUUGAUUCGAUACAAAAGUGAUGAAACUGAUGCUAACACGCAGGUAUCUCACGUGGACGAGAGUGAAUCCAGUGAAGGUGAGCUGGAAAAGAGGAUGAUUGGAGAGAUGGAAAGUGGAAUGUGGACCGAAGGCAAGACAAAGAAGUUUGGAACUAUGGAAGAUCUGUGUGAAGAAGGGGAAAUAUUGGAUGAGGAAUAUGACCUGGGUUACACUCAUAUUGAGGACAGGGAUGUCAGCCACAGUAUGGCUGUUAGCGAACAUGAUAUGAAUGAUACAGAAAGUGCAGGAGAAGUGAUUGAGGAAGUCCGUGAGGAAUAUGUGGAUGAAGACACAGAAGAAUGUACCCAACCCAAGGCAACCACAAAGGAAUACUACGAUGAAGAGAUAGAGACAGACAAACUUGUGGAGCAGGAAUUAGAAGACCUCUCUACAGACAGCUUCAGCACUCACUUUGCACAGCAGCAGAUCAGUGAGAGUGAGGAUAUGCUACAUCUGCAGGACAAGCCUGUUCAGAUAAUGGCAAAUGAGCAAGAAGACGAUCCUGCAGGCACAGUAAUCAGCCAACUUACAUCUGCCACUACAAUUAUAGAUCAGUAUUAUGAAAACCCAAAUGUCAAAGAUUUGAAGCCUCUAGCUGAUGCGGUAGUUGAAAAUAUAGAUCCAGCAGAUAUGUGUGCUCCAGAGACAAGAGAAGAAGAUGAUGAACAGUAUGUGUCUAUGGUUAAACAUGUAACAGAAGAACUCCUUGGCCACAGUGACUGUGAACCUGAUUUGGAUGAAGUAGAAGAUCUAGACUCAGUGCCUCAGGAGGAACACCUGCAGGAUGUGGCUGCCCCCACUGAUGUGAAAGAAGUUACAUCUACAGAAGCACCCGAGUCUCAGAGGCAUCCAGAAAAAGCUGAAUGGGAAGUGCUGAAGACCCCACGUGAGGAACAUGAUCAAAGAUUCAAUAAAGUGCCUGACUCGUCUGAAAGUCACGUCUUCAGUGACAGAGGCUCUGAUGAGGGUGUUAUGGUGCAUGAAGAGGAACCCAUUGAAUCCUCCCCCGACAGCAUCCCAGGAGAAAGUGAUAUAUUUGUGAUGAAAGACUCAACACAACUCCUGAGCACUCAUGGGAACGACAACAGCCUCCCUGGUGACUUCACCUCUGAUAUGAAGAAUGAAUUCUGGGCAUCCUCCUUGGAGACUGGUGCAACUUAUCAACCAGAUGAUGCCUUUAAUCAACAAGCCAAUCAGAAUCUCCUGUUUAGUGAUAACUUAGUUUGGGGGAAUGCAGAUGACCCAAAUUUGGUUAACGGGAACCGUCUGGUGGCUAAAAAAGAGCAGGAAGUGACACAUUCCGAGGUGAAGCAGGUGUUGAGUCGGAUUGUUGUUGACCAUUCUGAGGAGUCCGAGGUUGAAGCUGAAUCCUGGUCAUCUGGGGAAGAACCAGUUUAAAACAGUGUUAAAAAAAGUUUGAGUUAAACCAGUUUUAAACUUGAUCUGUUUUAGUGAGUGGACAAUUAUCUUUUUGGUAAAAUGCAUUUACUAAAAAACCAAAGUUGUGCCUUGGUGCACACCUAAGUGACACUAACCACCAAUGUGCCAAUUUAAUUUUCUCUUGCCUUGCUUCAUAGACAUUUUCUUCUUCUUUGUAAUUGUUUAGUCUUUCAGGGUGCAUGUUGCGGAGGGAGAUUAGGAGUUACUGCAUGAGGGAACAGCAUAAAGACACAACAAAGAAUGUCAUUUGGAAGUCAAAGAGUUUAUUGAUCGUUGCCUAAUCUGAUUGUACUCACUGAUGAAAAUCCAUGAGACAAGGAGGGUAGGAUUCCUUGUAUCAGACAAACAGGCAGUGUCUUCUGCCAGUGAGUUCUCUAAUUUCGCUGGACAACAAUUGAUCACCUUCGCAUGUGACAGAAUGAAUGGAUGGUUCAUAUUCAAGAUUAGCGACAUGAACAAGCAAACAAUGUUAUUUAUUAGAUCGAGUACCCAACUGGUUUAUCCUUUUCCUUUAAUGCAACUUUUUUUUCUUUUCUUUUUUUUUGCUUUCAGUACAUUGAUAGUCCAAAAUAAACUGCAGUGAUACGC